UUAUCAUUUCCUAUGUAACAGGCAGAAUUAACUGACGUUUGCAGAGAUAUCUCCUGAGUCACUUAUAUUAACUAAUUGCCUGUCUGACGAUUCCAUCCAAUUAAGCCUAAAUCAGGCAUGCAUACCUCUGUCUAGCUGGCUGGUGCCCAGUCACAGUGCUGAUAAUCAACUUCUUAAUCCCCCCCCCCAACACCUACUACUUGGCUACGUAUUCCCGAGUAUUUGUUCUGUUGAUCGAUCCACUAUCCCAUCGAUAUACAAAUAAUCCUUCCACCAUGGCGAUGCAGAACCAAUCCCUGAAGUUCUGCUUCGUGACUGUGGGAGCUACCGCUUCUUUCAACCUCCUCAUUCAGUCGAUUCUGGAGCAACCCUUUCUACGUGAGCUGCGCGCACACGGCUACACUAACCUGCUGGUCCAGUACGGCAAAGAGGGCAAGAUCCUCUUCGAUGAAUUCCUGCGCCAGUAUCCUCCUGGUAGUGAGGGCCAGCACGGUCUACUGAUCGAUGGAUUCGACUUCAAUCCCGACGGAUUGGACAAUGAAAUGCGUCUUGCUAAGGCCUGGCCCUCGGAAGGUCGAGUUGGGGGUUUGAUUGUCAGCCAUGCCGGAUCCGGCAGCAUUAUGGAUGCACUAAGAUUGGGCGUGCCUCUUGCGGUGGUACCCAACCCGACCCUCAAAGACAACCACCAGCAGGAGCUUGCCGAUAUCCUCCAAGAACAAGGUUAUCUCAUUGCGAGUCACUAUCGGGAUAUUGCGACAGCAGUUGAUAGGGCUGAACGCCUGCGAGUUCAGAUGGCCAAAUGGCCGCCGGUCUCCAAGGCCCAGGAAGUCCCUCCUCCAAGCUUGGAUCAAGUCAUGUCUGACGAAUUGGGCUUCUUGGAUUGAUGGUCUGGCACGGCCCAGAGUUUUAUACUCAUCACACAUGUGUGGGCGAUUUGCAAUGGCGUUGCGGAGCGUGGGUACUUUAGUAUAGAAUAGGAAUGGCUUUGAAUGUUUGCAAUCACCAAUGGCGCAUUAGCAUCCAUAGUUGAGGUUUAGUGGUUUUCGCUAACUAUGAAC